AUUUUUGCCAAAAAACGUUUCUCGAUUCUUUUCAUGGAUGAUGCAUGACAAUUAUCCUCUACCUACCUUUCGCGCAUACCUGAAUCUCGAGUCAGUUCUUGAGACCCAAAAGAUCUUUCCUUUCUAUUUGUUUUAUUUAGAAUACAAUCAAAUACAUACUGAAGUUGCAUCAUGUUAUAGGGAGUAAUUAGUGUCAGCUUUUUUUUGGAUUAUUAGCGGGAGUAAUUAGUUUGACGAACUCUCCUUCUUUGAGCACCGGUUCUUCUUCUGUUGCAGUAUCAGAUGCGUUGCAUAUUUUGUCAGUCCUCUUGAUGGGAAAGGAAGAGAUGUAUCCCUCCUCAACAGUAUACUCUUCAGCUUCCCCGCAAAAAAAAAGUAUUCUCUUCAGCUAUUAUCAAAAUAAAAAUAAAAAACGCCUGCACUCUUCCGGGGAAAGCCUCUUUACUUCUUUUAUGAAUAACAAACACUUGUCUUGUGCCAAUUUGUUUACUCCAUAUAGACCUGUGCAAUUUUUUUAUUCUAUUUGCCUAGGACACUUUUAUGGUUGCAAACUUGCAAUGUAAUAAGUUCGACUGAUUGUGUCCAGAUAGAGAGGCCAUAGAGUUAUUGGUGUCUCAGUCCCGCAUGCAGUGUCUAAGGUGCUAAAGGGGGCAAACUGCUGGGGUGCACGCAUUAAAAUUUGAAUUUGGAUAAAUCUGGCUCAAGUUGGUUUGAAACUUUGAAUGCGAGUUCUGAAUAUCUGAAAAGUUCAGAUCUUGGGUAUAAAAUGAUUUAGGAAUUUCUCUUCAGAAUUGUAAGUGUAAUAUAUUGAGCAGUAAGUAAAAACAGAACAAAACAAGUCAGAUAUAUUUGAAUUUGAUCAUUUGGAUUUUUGUAAAAUUUGGCACAGGCUGUGAAUUCCAGAAAUAAGGUUUAUGUAAGGAGCAGAUGGUUCUGUGAUGUCAACUCAAAUUUUGGAUCAAAGGAAUAGGAGCUUCCUCAGUAGGGGUCAAGAUAGCAAAGAUUUCAUUUAUAGGUUUGGAACACCUUCUUUCAAAGUUUAUCAAAAAGGAAAACGGUCUCUGUUCAGGAAAUAAAAUUCAACAAGAUGUCAUUACAUAUCCGCACACGUUUAGCAGCAGCGGACGAAAGGGUUACAACCAUUAAGAUUCCUCCAUAUGAAAUUCGGACCAAGGUCUUUUUCAUGAUUUACAAUAUGUCCACCGAUAAUAUAGAAGCUAAAGGAUUCGAAUUUUAUGAAGUGUUGAUGGAACAAUAUUAUCCUUGGUUUGCACAGUACAUGGUCAUGCAAAGGGUAUGCAUCGACCCAAAUUUUCAUGACAUAUGUUUAAUGUUCCUUCAUAAAGUAAACUCGCCAGUAUUGGACAUGGAAAUACGGAAAGCUACAUACGCGAACUGCAAGAUAUUAUUACGAUCCGAUAUUAUCAAAUCUUGUUCAGGCGAACGCACCUUACUGAAAAAUAUAGGUAGUUGGUUUGGAAAAUCCGCCAUUCAAUGGAACCAGGACCCAAGCACUUAUGUAGAUGGCCUAAUACCUCUUAUAGUAAAGGCGUAUCAGAAAGGGUUGAUGCUUGCUGUAGUUCAAUUCAUUUCAAAGAUUCUUGAACCUUGCCAGCCAAUUAUUAGUGUUGGGACAAUGGAGAUUCUUAGUCUACUUGCUGAGAUCUAUACAAAGCCAGACCUCCAACUUUCUCUGGAAUAUAACAUAGAGGUCUUGUUUAGGGACUUUGGCGUGGAUGCAAAACAUACCAAAACAAAUUACCUUCUUAAAGAUGUAAAACAUGAAGUUGCGUGAAAUCAAGAUUUUGCAGUGAAAGAUGUUGUGCAUGUACCAACAUGCUUGUGUCCGGUUUUCCUUGAUCAGGAAGGGGAGGCAUCUAUGCCACUCACCCAGUACAUCACUAGUCUGAAACCAAUCAUGCACACUGUCAAGCUUGUUGGUGAGAUGAGAAACCAUUGGUUUUAUUGGGUGGUAGCGGAAAAGGCCAAGCGCCUCAUGGCAUCAAUUAUCAGAGCACUACACGAUCUCCAUGAAGUUAAUAGAUGUCCUGUACAGUUUUGUGCAUCAAACAUUGUCGUGACAUAUUACGGGAGAGUGAAAAUCAGAGUUGCAUGUUUCAAGAAAACCGUUCCUAUGGUGCGCAAAAACUAUGAGGACGCUAGCAAUAUUAUUAUGGACACACUGUUUGCUGACUACAAGCUAACUAUUAUCCCCAAGGAUGUAGAUCAUCUACUUUCAUUGAUGAAGUCUCCCAUUGCAAUAGGUAUGAAGUAUGUGAUAGGGAUGCACGCUUCUCUUAUUCCUCUUGGGAACAGGUUUCAAUUCUAUAUGGAUAUGUGCGACCAUAUUACAUCUGUGGUGGACGCUGAACUUAGGUCAAAUAUUCAUGGAGCUCUAGACGAUCCCUAUGGUGAGAACUGGUCAGUGUUGCUGAAAUAUAACAUUUUGCUAGAGGAGUCAUUCUACAGAUCCGGGUCAUCAUACAAUACCAAAAAAGGGGCCAUUGAAUUUCCGAGGUUUUAUAGGAACACACUUGCACACAGAAUGGAUAAAUGCAAGAAACCGUUGCAGAAUGUUGGAGAUUUCAGAACAUUGAUAUACACUAAAGAGGAUAUUGAAAUGAUCUUAUUGGUUACCUAUCCGAUGAUCCUACCGAGAAUGCAAGAAGAACUCCAGAAUCAUAAGCGACUGAAGGAUUUGAAUCUUCAUAACCUGAACUUCAAGUAGCUCCAGCUUUUGUACUGUAAGUGUAACUGGUAACUGUGUGAUGUUGUAAUACACCAAUAAACUUAGAUUUUUCUAGGCUACAAAGGUUUGAAAGAAUAUCUUAAGUGAGUUGUUGUAUUUAUCAUGCUUCAUUCUGAAUUUUUGAGUAUA